AUGUGGAACCUUAACGACUCACCUGACCAUCGCGAAGAAUCUGACGGCAGCGGGAAUCGGGUUGCACACGUGGCAAGCUCGAUGAGCCAAUCGCCCACGUGGCUGUUGUCUGUGCCUCCGGUGACCCGGAAUUUUUUUCCGGGUCAAAGCAUGGAACCGGAUACAGUUCGAGAUAUAUCUGGGUCCGGUUUUACUAGAAGUAAGUCUAUCGUUCAGCCGGAGCCCAGCUGGUCGGGUCGACCGGAAAAGACAGAGCCGGAAAUAUCGCCGCCGGUCAAAAAGAGUCGACGUGGUCCUCGCUCACGGAGUUCUCAGUAUAGAGGAGUCACUUUUUACCGACGAACCGGAAGAUGGGAGUCACAUAUUUGGGACUGUGGGAAGCAAGUGUACUUGGGUGGAUUUGACACAGCACAUGCCGCUGCUCGUGCCUAUGAUCGAGCCGCAGUUAAAUUUAGAGGUGUAGAUGCAGAUAUCAAUUUCGACAUCGAGGACUACCUGGAAGAUGUGAAACAGAUGAGCAAUUUGACGAAGGAAGAGUUCAUGCAUGUUCUUCGAAGGCAAAGCACUGGGUUUCCAAGAGGCAGUUCUAAAUAUAGAGGUGUCACUUUGCAUAAAUGUGGAAGAUGGGAGGCUCGAUUGGGUCAAUUUCUCAACAAAAAGUACGUUUAUUUGGGUCUCUUUGAUACCGAGAUGGAAGCUGCAAGAGCUUAUGAUAAAGCGGCAAUAAAGUCUAAUGGAAAAGAUGCAGUUACCAAUUUUGACCCCAAAGUAUACGAGGAAGACCUUUGCCCAGAGAAGAAGUGGAAUGAUCAUAACCUUGAUCUAAGUCUAGGAGAAUCAAAAGAGUUUGGAAUCAAAUCCGAGGCAAGUAUUGCGAGCACGAGAAAUAGGUUUGGAGACGAAGAGAGAUUAUUAGGGAGGGAUCUCUCGCUAGCGAUGACGACAACGACGACCGUCGGAUCGGAAAAGCAAUCGGACGGUGGAGGAAAGCGAGUGGGAAUGGCGGCAGCAUCAUCAGGAUUCUCUCCUCACCACUCUCCAUGGUACCAACACACUCCUCGCACAUUCCACUUCUCUCGUCCCUGA